AUGAUACCUUACGUCUCCUUACAUUUGGCCACCUAUGUAGUGAGGAAAUUCUCCUCCAAAAAGCAGUGGGGGACAGAGUCUCAGUCAUUCACUGGGAGGGGCUUGCAGAUCCUCACAAGGAACUUUGCCUCCACUCAGUUAGAUGAAAAGGUAAUCCUUGGAAUAUCCGGUCCACCGCUGGUUUAUCCUAAAAGGCUUCCUCUGAUACAGAAGCGAGAUGUUUGGCAGAGCCGUGGCGAUGACUUACAGGAAACUUAUGAAGAAGAACUGUUGUAUGAAAUAAAGCUAAAUAAAAAAAGCUUAAUACUCUACCUUUUAAGAUCAACCUAAUUCCUAGCCUCAAAUUACAGUGAAACGUACUACUCCGCAAAAGGAAAGAUCAGCAGUCAUCCUCAGACCAUGGAUCACUGUUUUUACCAAGGAUCCAUCAUACAUGAAUUUGAUCCUGCUGCCAGUAUCAGCACAUGUAAUGGUCUGAGGCAGUAUUUCCAGGUCAGUGACUGAAGGUAUCUCAUUCAACCAGUGAAAUAUUCAGAUGAGGGAGAACAUUUGGUGUUCAAAUAUAACCCAAAGAUGCAGUAUGCUGCCAAUUAUUUUUGUACAGAGCUCAAUUUUACCAGGACAACUGUUCCAAGGGCUAACCCUAAAUCUAUGGAAGACUCCAAAGCGGAAAUAUUCCAUAAAGAGAAAUACGUCGAACUGUUCAUUGUUGCUGAUGAUAACAUGUGUCGCAGGAAUAAUCAUCCUUACAGUAAACUGAGGAACCGAAUUUGGGGUAUGGUCAAUUUUGUCAACAUGAUUUAUAAAACCUUGGACAUUCAUGUGACAUUGGUUGGCCUUGAAAUGUGGACAAAUGGAGAUAAAAUAGAACUAGAUUCAAAUAUAGAAACUACCUUAUUGCGUUUUUCAGCUUGGCAAGAAAUGAUCCUUAGAAAAAGGAAGAAUUUUGAUCAUGCUCUGUUACUCAGUGGGAAGUGGCGCUACACACACACCCAAGGAACUUCUUAUCCAGGGGGUAUAUGCCUGCCCUAUUAUUCCUCCAGUGUUGUUAAGGAUCUUUUACCUGACCUAAAUGUAAUUGCAAGCAGACUGGCACAUCAGCUGGGGCAUAACCUUGGGAUGAAGCACAAUGAAUAUCUGUGUGUUUGUACUUGGGAAAAAUGCACGAUGAGUAGUGAUGGAAGCAUUCCUGCACUAAAAUUCAGUGAAUGCAAUAGAGACCAGUACUUGCAGCACCUGAAGGACUAUAAGCCAACAUGCAUGUUCAAUGUUCCAUUUUCUGACGAGUUAAGUGAUUCCCCAUAUUGUGGAAACAAGAAGUUGGAUGAAGGAGAAGAGUGUGAUUGUGGCCCUGCUCAGGAAUGCACUAAUCCUUGCUGUGAUGCAAACAUGUGUAUGCUGAAGCCAGGAUUUACUUGUACAGAAGGAGAGUGCUGUGAAUCUUGUCAGGUAAGAUCCUUUCAGUCCAUAUGCAGACCGGCACAUGAUGAAUGUGACUUCCCUGAACUGUGUACUGGCCACUCUUCUGGCUGCCCUAAAGACCAAUUCCAAGUAAAUGGAUUUCCUUGCAAGAAUGCAGAAGGCUAUUGCUUCAUGGGGAAAUGUCCCACCUGGGAUGGCCAGUGCUCUGAAUUGUUUGAUGAUGAGGCAAAAGAUGGUCCUGAGAUCUGCUACAAGAUGAAUACAAGGGGAAAUAAGUCUGGAUACUGCAAAAACAAGGAAAGCAGAUGGAUUCCUUGUGAAGAGAAAGACACCAAAUGUGGAAAGAUACACUGCCCCAGAGGGCAACACUCCCCUCUCCUUGGAGGAAAAACUUUUCAUUUUAAGACGGCUCCAAAGCAAAAUGACACUACUGAAUGCAAAACCUUGUCUUUAUACCACAAUUCUAAAGAUUUUGGCCUGGUUGCUCCUGGAACAAAAUGUGGAGAUGGAAUGGUGUGCAGCAAUGGUGAAUGUGUGAAUGUGGAAAAGAUCUACAAUUCAACCAAUUGCUCCUUUCAGUGCAAUGAAAAUGCUGUGGAUGGCCAUGACCUUGAGUGCCAAUGUGAGGAAGAGCAGGUACCCAUGGGCUUGGAAGAAACCUUAAAUGUUACCAAUAUUUCCAUCCUGGUUGUUGUGCUUGUCCUGGUUAUUAUAGGUGUUGGGGUUAUCAUAUUAUUAAUUCGUUACCAAAAAUGUAUUAAGUUGAAGCAAGUUCAGAGCCCGCCUAGAGAUACACAGGGAAUAGAGAAUAAAUCAUACUUCGGUGAUGAGCAGCAGACAAGGACUGAACCAAUCUUACCUGAUAUUCAUCCCCUACAUGUAAGAAAUUUUCAUUUGCAAUAAUUAAUCCAUCAAUUAAAAAAGUAACAUGUGUUUGAAGUGGAACUAAGCCUUAAGCUAAGUGAGGUCAGAGACGCAGAACAGUUUAACACGAUUCCACACCAAUGAGGCCUUCGAUCUACAUGUGGGGAAGGAGAGGAUAGCAGGACUCAAGUAAACCAAGACACUAUUUCAUAACAGAAUAUAAUAUAUUAGUUCAAUAAAUACUGACUUGUGUACUAUUGGAAAAAUUUACAAACAUAAAAUAUAUUCUGAAACAUAAACCAAGUCUUAAUAAACUUAAAAGAAUUAGGGUCUUACAAAAUUUGUUCUCAAAAAUAAAAUUCUAUUAGAACUCGGUAACAGAAAGCUAUUGGGAAAAUUCCCAAUUGGAAAUUAGAUAACAAACUCCAAGGAAAUCAUGAGUCAAAGGAAAAAAUAGAAAGUAUUUUAUACUAAAAGGAAAUGAAAUAACAUAAAAAGAUUUGUGGGAACAGUGAAAUCGGUAAUCAAAAAAAAAUGUACAGCUCUAAAUGCUUAUGUUAGGAAAAAGAAAUGUAUCUGAGCAGUGACUUCAGCUUUUACUUUAAGAAACUAGAAAAAGGAGAGCAAAUGAAACUAAGUAUAAGCAGAGGGCAGGAAAAAAAUAAUUCAACUGAUCACUGGUGAAAUAGAAAAGAAAAAAAUAACUGAGAACAUCAGUGAGAGCUAAAGCUGUUCUUUAAAAGAGAUUAAUAAGUAUUAUAAAUCUCUAGCCAGACUGAUCAGAAAAGGU